AUGGCCGACGAAGCACUCAACAUCUACGAUGAGAUCGAAAUCGAAGACAUGACCUUCGAUCCAAACAUCCAGAUCUACACAUACCCUUGCCCAUGCGGCGACCGCUUCGAGAUCGCAAUCGACGAUCUGCGCGACGGCGAAGAAAUCGCCGUCUGUCCGAGCUGCAGUCUUAUGAUUCGGGUUAUUUUCGAUGCGAUGCUAAUCUACGUCUUGCGGGGUAUACAGGCCGAUCUCCCCAAAGCUGAUGCGCCGAGCACGAGUGAAGUGGCUGUUCAGGCUUGA